UUGUUAGCCCUUUCCUCCGGCACUUAGGGGAGUGUAUGCGUGCCCUGCAGUCCUGGGGUCCUAGCCUCGACAGGGGUACUGCUGUGGUGGCAGGAAGUCCCUGCGAACUACAAAUCGAGGCAUGCUGGGAACAUUCCCCUGCUCCUCCCAGGAAAUGUCCUUUGUCCAGCCCUACAGGAAGCCCCAGUGAGGAGUCAGCCGGGCAGCCAGCCAGUCGGCUAGCUAGUCUGCCAGCGAGCCAGCCAGCCAGCCAGCCAGCGGCUGCUGGAGCCGCCGCCGCCGCCGCCGCCGCAGCACAAGGGCAAUCGCGCCACGGUGCGAGGUGUCCCCGCUCCUCGCCGCGCCCGCCGCAACGCAGAUGGAGCAAGAAGAUAACCAGGGUAUGUGUGAACACCAGGACUCAGAAGACGGAGCGAUGGACUCCGAUUUUGAGAACACGGAGGACAGGGAAGGGGACCCAGAAGAAAGAGGAAUGGGCUUGAAUUCACAGGAUGCAGAAGAAAGAGGCCACCUGGAGCUGGAGAUGGGCUCCAACCCCCAGGAGGAAGCUCUCAGUGAGGAUUUCAGGGGAAGGGAAGUCGUGUCCAACAUCUGCACAGAGGGAUUGCUGAGUGAGGAGGAAGCUAUUGCUCUCCAUGAGGAAGAUGAUCAGCCUGGUGUGGUUGACAUGGGGAUGUUCCCAGGUCUGUCUGAAUCAGACAGCAUAUCCCGGAGUCCCCAGGAAGAGGAGGAGGAGGAAAGUACUGGAGAGAAUAGGUUGGAAGAGGAAGAAGAGCAGCCGCCACCUCCCAUACUUCCCUGGAGGCGCCACCUGUCCCUGGGAAGUCGCCACCGAGGUGACAAACCUGCUCACCGCCGCUUCCACCGCCUCCACCACCCCAUGGCCAUGGAUCUCGGGGAGCUAGACAGCCUGGUGGCUAGCAUCAUGGAUGCGCCCACCAUCUGCCCCGACUGCGGGGAGAGCUUCAGCCCAGGUGCCGCUUUCCUACAGCACCAGCGUAUUCACCGCCUGGCAGAGGCCGCCGCGGUAGCCAGCCUGGAGCCUUUCGGCCUGGCGGGCGAGUGCGGAGCUGUGGUGGGGAUGAUGGGGAUGGGCGUGGCAGGGGGCUUUGGAGCUGGGCCCGCACUGGCCCGGCCCCCGCGCGAAAAGCCCUUCCGCUGCGGGGAGUGUGGCAAGGGCUUCAGCCGCAACACCUACCUGACAAACCACCUGCGCCUGCACACAGGCGAGCGGCCCAACCUGUGUGCCGAUUGCGGGAAGAGCUUCAGCUGGCGCGCGGACCUGCUCAAACACCGGCGCCUGCACACUGGUGAGAAGCCCUAUCCGUGCCCGGAGUGCGGUGAGGCUUUCAGCCUCAGCUCGCACCUGCUGAGCCACAGGCGUGCGCACGCGGCCGCCAGCGGUGCAGGUGCUGCAGCGCUGCGGCCCUUUGCCUGUGGGGAGUGUGGCAAGGGCUUCGUGCGCCGUUCACAUCUGGCCAACCAUCAGCGCAUCCACACGGGCGAGAAGCCUCAUGGUUGCAGCGAGUGCGGCAAGCGCUUCAGCUGGCGCUCGGACCUGGUGAAGCACCAGCGCGUGCACACAGGAGAGAAGCCCUACAUGUGCUCAGAGUGUGGCGAGACCUUCAGCGUCAGCUCGCACCUCUUCACGCACAAGCGCACGCACUCGGGUGAGCGGCCUUAUGUGUGCCGCGAGUGUGGCAAGGGCUUUGGGCGCAACUCGCACCUGGUGAACCACCUGCGCGUGCACACAGGCGAGAAGCCCUUCCGCUGCGGCCAGUGCGAGAAGCGCUUUAGCGAUUUUUCCACGCUCACGCAGCACCAGCGCACGCACACCGGGGAGAAACCCUACACGUGCAUUGAGUGUGGCAAGAGCUUCAUCCAGAGUUCGCACCUGAUCCGCCACCGCCGCAUCCAUACCGGCAACAAGCCGCAUAAGUGCGCAGGCUGUGGCAAAGGCUUCCGCUACAAAACGCACCUUGCACAGCACCAGAAGCUGCACCUGUGCUAGGGUUAGGUGGGAGGGAGGUCGCCCUCUGUGAAGCAUGUAGGGAAUAGGUGUCCUGGGGACAAACCCUAUUGAAAGAAGUGGGGAAGGGGCGGGAGGGGCAAGCUGAGAGUGACUGAGGAGCCUUUGAGUGUUAAGGAGUCCCCAGUAAGAGUUGUUAUUUUGGGGUGCUAUAUUUUUGCCUACUUCCGCUCCAAGAAACUUUUGGGAGAUGUGUUUGAGUAACGACUUCCUGAAAUAUACCCUGUAGGGAGUGAAGGGGCUUGGAGGAUUAGGUGAUUUGAGGACCUUGAGGAAGGGGGUUUGGAGAGUGGGGGUGGGAAACAGGAUGGCAGGCAAUAGAGUAGUUUGGGCUAUAAUGACCUGGGGGAAUCAGGGGAGGAAGUAUGGUUGGAGUGAGAAUAAAGUAUAAUGCGGGUAUAAAUAAUUCUGAACUGGUCCAACCAGGUGGUAAGCCAGUGUUUGCCCUGAGCUCCCAAAUCAGCUAUAAUCGAGGAGACUCUUGUCCAUCCUGAAGGAGAGGAUAUUUAGUAUACUCUUCCUUUCUCUGAGCCACAGUUAGCUGCUAUUUUGAGGCAUCCAAGGGAAACUGGGAAGAAAACUACACAACCUCAUUUCAAGGGGCGACUUCUAGGGUGUAGAAAUACAUUUGUAACUGGUUCUUAGAUCUCUUGAAAAAUCCUGCUCUUGCUUCCGAUUCCUUGAUACUGCCUUGAACACCCUCUAACUUUGUGCUAGGUCAAAAUCAUCUACGUGGGUGACCUGCCCCUUGCCCUGUGUCAGGUGUGUGCCAGGCCCAGUAUUUCUUUAAGGUGUCACCUGUAAUCCGGAAAAUGGAACAAUCUCAGCUAUGUGUGACCUUCCCCUUCCCAGGUCAGCUUGAUGUCUGUGUUUCAAGUGAACCCCAGAUGGUAAGCUGUUGUCCUAUGAUCUGCUACAGAAGUCAGUUAGCUUAGGAGGUUUUUCUGGCAGUAUGUGAAAAAUCCAGGAAAGCAAAGUUCACAAGUUGGAAUGCAAGGCUCCUUUGUCUUUUUGCCUUCAAUUUGCAUGUGUGCCCUGUACCCCGCUCACCCCCAACUCCAUUUAUAUUGAUGAGGGAUCUAGUUCAAGCAAGAAUUUCUUUUUUCCUUCAUGUGGAGGCACAGUGGAAAUCUCAAGGCUUUACACAAAGAGGGCAAAGUCAGGGAGAGGUGUAAAUGCAAAAUUGCCAAAUAGCACAAGCAAUGAAUGUUUUCUAGUUGUUAUAUAGAUGCCAAAAUAGCACUUUUGUAUUUGCAAAGUGCUUUAUGCUUUUUAAUGAUUGUUAGUUGUUUCUCACAUGUUUGUGAGCUAAAUCAGUAUUAUGACCUCUGUCUUAGGGAAAGCCUGGGGGCAGGAAUAUGGCAGGCUGACCUGAACAAAGGCUGAGGACAGUGUGAAGAGGUAUGGCCUCACCUUUUGUGUUCUCCAGCUCAGCUGCUAGGAAGACAUACCUGUCAUGAUUUAUAUAUAUAUAUAUAAAAAAAAUAAGGACACUGAACAUUUUUACCUUUGAUUAAAAACUCAAAGCUAGCCUAGAAGGGCCAAAGAUGUCCUUAUUGACAAAGCUGGUCUUUGUCACCUAAUUAGAGUGACCUAGUUAUGUUGCGUUUCUAGUAGAGGGCUGUAGUUAGAUGACUUUUGUAUAGAUUUCAGUUCCAUAUGCUGAAAGUCUCUUCCCUAGGUUAGCCUUUAGAAGUUAGAAUUGUGGGAAACAGUAUUGUUUUCUUCACUAACAUUUGUUACCCUGUACUAUUCAUAGAAGCAUCUUCAUAAACUGUUGGACACAGUUGAAGGGGGGAAAAAAAAGCUACAAGAUGGUUUUUACAGAUUUAGCAAAGUUUCUGUGAAUGCUAGUAAUUUAUACUUGAUCUGUUGUAUUCUAGCAAAGAACUUUGGGGACUGUGGAAAAGCAUGUUUUUGUCAUUAUAAGAACACUGAAAAAAAUUCUGCAAAUUCUGGGUUUGUGUGUUGCCUGUUGAUCUUGCCCUCUGAAUUAGUUUACUGCUAUUCAUAAAUACAAAUAGAUGUUCAUACUAGGGAUAAUUUCAAAAUACACUAAUUCUUUUCAAUUUUCUUUUAAUCAAGAGUUAUACCAGCAAACUACAUUUCCAUUAUUUAUAAUGACUCUUGUAAUCUAAAUUGAAUACCAAGUGUAUAAGAUCACCUAAAAAUAAUGUAGCCACUUUAUAGGUAAUCUUAUUCCUUUAUUUUUUUUCCCCAUGCACAUCUACCUCUUCCAUCUGUUUUAAGUUCUUUCAAGUCUGUGCCUGUGAAAUCUCUUCCAACUUUUGAUUACUCAUGGAUUGAUUAUCUACUUUAUUGGUUGUUUGGUCUUUUGCUGCCAUCAUUAUGCACAGUCUCAUCAGCAUCAAAUAUAUCACAUAUCAGCAGCUUUGAGAAGAGGGUUCAAUGGAAGGUGAAGAUUGAAGUUUAUGUGAAAUAAAGGCAGUAGAAAUCCUUGAACUUCAUUUGCCUCUGUUCUUUCUAUUACCGUGGAUAAGAGAAUCAGCCAUCAUGUCAGUGUCUUUUCUAUGAGCAAAGCCUUUAGCAGAAGAAAGCUGUAUAACCAUCAAAAUCCCACUCCCAGGGUGUAUUUAAUAUGUGAGUCCCUUUUUCUUACACUUCUUCGGGGAAAAUACCUGCAUUAAGUGAGGUUAAAUACAUUUAGGAGGUUGUUUCUUGUCUUUAGUUUUAGAAUAGUAGUAUUUUUUUUUUUUUUUGGUAAACCCUAUUAAUUGUAGUUCAUCCUUGAUGGUGUUAAAGAUUCCUUACUCCAACUUGUUGAUGACGACGGAGGCAAAUGAAUUAUUAGUAUUUGUUCCCUGGUGAGUUUGGUCCAGAGCAGGCUUCCUCUGCUGCCCUUCACUAAGCAAAACCUGGAGCAGUUUAGAUGUGAAAUGGUUUGGAUUAAAUCUUGAGUUCUAAGUUGGAAGAAGUAAAUGAGAUGUUAACCCUUUGAGCCGUGUGGUCUCUGUACAAUCAAGAGGCUGUACAUAUGUGAAAAAAAGUACAAAUUAAGAAUCUGUGUUCAUAGACAAUCUGAACUGUGUUUCUGAAGUUUGUGCACAUUUUUCUUCACUGUAAUGUUAUUUUACAUCUGUUUGUUAAAAUAGUAAUUUAAUAAUCUUAAGAGUAACAGGUUUUAUGUGAGUGUCUUUGUGUAUGUGAGAAUUGCCUUGUUUUCAGGUCAUUUUAUUUAAUGAUGGUUCCUUGGACAGUAUUCUAAUGUUCAUCAAUCAAUAUGGAAUAUUUGUCAUUAAAUCCUUAUCAGUCUUUUACUCUGUCA